CUGGAAACUACUACGUGGGAGAGAAAAUCACCUCAUUGGCUGACUUUUUCGUUAUAUGGGCAUUCAUAAAAAUUGAAAAAGUUUCCAUCUUUGUAUUAUUGCUCAAUUUAUAUCGAUCGCCCUAUGAGGAUUGUGGAUAUUGGUGGGGUGUAAGUAAAUUAAAGAUAAAUAUUAGUGCCCUCAUUAAUCCUUCCACCAAUCUCUUAUAUUUUCACACCACCCACCAGUUUCAUUCCCCACCCCUCCUCCCUCCCUCUCUCUAUAUCAAUAAUCCCAUUUAAGAAUCCUCCAUUUUUAUUUCUUGAAUAUCUAUUGUUGCCUGAGUUGAGGUAUCGGUUGUAGAUCUACCGCCUCAUCUGCUUCUCUUUGGCUGAUUCUCUGAGAACGAAAGUUCUAGAUAAUCAGUCUUCCAAACAGCUCUUCUCUUUUGAGUAUUUGGAUAAACUCAUUUGGAGGCCUAAUGCAAGGGCAACGGAAUUCUAUCAGUACAUUGCCCGAAGAUCUAACUUAUGAUCAUGGGUCUACGUCAACUGAUGCCAGCAUAGAUUCUCGAAUGCCCUGGAAUAAUAUGCAAACUUCUGCAGAAGCUCGGCUGCCAGAGUACAAAAUCCCGCCAAGUGAGACCGAUACUCAGCAUCCGCGUCAUAUUGGGCACAGUCAGUGGAGUUUAGGUGAAACUAGUUCUGGUGCAGCACAAUGUCAUUCUGAUCGCAACAAGAGAAAAAGAGAGCACAGAUGGAGUGUUCCCUCUCGAGCUGCUCUCGACUUGGAAGAAUGUCAGCUUGAAUCAUCUAAUAUUCCUCCACUGGACAAUGUUGUAGUUGAUGGGCAAGGCAAUCAGGCGUCAAACAUCUCGUCUCCUUUGCAGCUUGCUGGACCUGUAGAUGACGGGCAUCAGGUAAUUGAGCGUCCCAAUAGACAUAUAUCUGUUGGAUCAUCGAGCGAGAAAAGGCCUUCUACUGGCAGCUCCUCCGAUGCUCUUGGUAUGUCUUCCGGGUAUCGUUCCUUGGAUGGUCGACGCAAGAGAAAGGCCAUUGAUGUACAAGCUGGACAGUCUUCUGGAGCGGAAAGUUCGAAUUGUUCUGAACAUGCUGAAAGAAGUCAACGUCGUGCUAUAAUGUCAGCCCCUCCCCCGAUUUCUGCUAGUACUGUUGUUAUGUCAACUCCACCGGCAAACAGCCCGGUCCUCAGCAAUUUAUCAGACCACGGAAACUCAAGGAUUCGGCUUGGAGUCGGAGAAGUUGUUUCCUCAAAUCCUUUGUCUUCAAAUGGUAGAGAAACUGCUGGAAGUUCUCGUAGAAACUUACGCUUGCGUUUCAGUAACACUCAUCAACAGGGUCAUGUUCCAUUACCAAGAGAAGCUCAUGCGUCUUCCUCUUCUUGGCAUUCAUCAAGGGUACUUCUUCGAAAUCGUCUGAACCCAAACCCUCCUUUGGAGAAUGGAAGUCAUCAUGUUCAGCCGAUUCUUCCGCAUAUUCAUUCUGUUCGUCGAAAUCAUCAUUCUAGAUGGAGUGGAGCCUCUAGCUCGAGAACUAGCAAUUCAUCUUCUGCUGCUAUUUCUCUUGAGAGGGAGAGGGAUCCUAUGCUUUACGAAGAUCCUAUAUUCGGAAAUAUUCUCAGAAGCUCGUCGGAGCAUCCGAUGUUUAUUCCUCCUAGUGAGACAGGGGGUUCGUCUCAACAACCUCCAAACUGGAACUUAUCCAGCGGGGCAUCUGCUUCUCGGGCAGCAGGUACCGAACCUGGUGGAGGUCAGAGCAGCACAGCAACCGGUACCUCACAAGAAACAGAGCUUCCAUCCGGAUCUAGCAGUCGCGGUCCUCGUUCAUCAAACACAAGGUCAGCAUUGUUGGAGAGACAUCUGGAUAGUGCUUAUGCGUUACCUCAUUCGCUUUGGAGCAUGGCUGCCGCUAGUGAAGGGAGAGGCAGCGUGAUGUCCGAGCAGAUUCGCCACGUCUUAGAUCUCAUGCGAAGGGGAGAGGGCUUGAGACUCGAGGAUAUGAUGAUUCUUGAUCAGUCAGUCUUCUUCGGGAUGGGUGAUGUACAUGAUCGUCACCGGGACAUGAGACUAGAUGUCGACAAUAUGUCCUAUGAGGAGCUCCUGGCCUUGGGGGAGCGCAUUGGAGAUGUAUCCAUGGGAUUGAACGAAGAAACAAUAAUGGCUCGUUUGAAGCAACGUAAAUAUGGUGAUAGACGAGCAGAUCAAGCUGUGACAGAGCCGUGCAGUAUAUGCCGGGAGGAGUACAACAACGAGGAAGAUCUUGGCACGUUGGAAUGUGGGCAUGAAUUUCACAGAGACUGUGUGAAACAAUGGCUCAUGCACAAGAACUUGUGCCCCAUAUGCAAGAGGGCGGCGUUGUCUACAUGAAGCAAUUGCCUGCAAAUGCUGCCGUCCCGUCCCGUCCCGUCUCUCCUUAGCUGCUCUUCAACACAAGUCCUUUAUCUCGAGUCAUUUGAAGGCUAAAAACCUUGUUGAUUUUGCUUCUUGUCAUGCCUUUUACGCAUGACUCCAUCCACAGAAAUUCAAGGAACAAAAAAAAGAAGGAAAGAAAGAAAAAAUAUUUUUAUGCCCUCCUUAUGUGGAGGAUCAGAAUACAUUUAUUUUAUUUUUUAAAUGAAAGUUUAAUUAACAUUAGAUUAUGGAAAUUAACUGUUUUUUAUUUGAUCA